AUGGAGAGAGGAGGUCGCGGCCCCGAGCGAGAACCGACCGGCUCCCGAGGCCGCUGUGGCGGGGUGGGGCCGGGGACUCAGUUCGCCGCCCCCUGGCGAUGGGCUGAGCGCUUUCCUGAUUUCUGUAGUCUGGGGGACCGUGCUUGUCUCAGUUGUACCAGGACCGUGGCGUUGAGAAGCCAAGAGGAUGCUCCCUCUGGCCGCUGCACAUCAGCACACCCCGCGCACCUUUGCUUCAGAGGUGAGCCCUUCAGCUGUUGGACUUCAAGGCCGGCGCGCCUGUGCGUGGGAGCAGGGGUGCCGUGGAGGCCCACCCCAGUGAGCUUGGCUGUCUCGGGACCUCAGGACCUUCCUGUGCGGGGCUGGCACUCCUCACCCCGGCUUGGCGAUGACUCUGUGGUGGAGAAGUCCCUCAAGUCCUUGAAAGACAAGAACAAGAAGCUGGAGGAGGGUGGCCCUGUGUACAGCCCACCCACUAAGGUGGUAGUGAAGCAGUCCCUCGGGCAGAAGGUUCUGGAUGAGCUGAAGCACUACUACCAUGGCUUCCGCCUGCUCUGGAUUGAUACGAAGAUCGCCGCGCGCAUGCUCUGGCGCAUCCUCAAUGGCCACACGCUGACACGCCGGGAACGCAGGCAGGAGGAGAGGCUGAAGAAGGAGCUGCGAGUGAAGCUGGAGCUGGCCAAGUUCCUUCAGGACACCAUCGAGGAGAUGGCUCUGAAGAACAAGGCGGCCAAGGGCAGCGCCACCAAAGACUUCUCGGCCUUCUUUCAGAAGAUCCGAGAGACGGGGGAGCGGCCCAGCAAUGAGGAAAUCAUGCGUUUUUCCAAGUUGUUUGAGGAUGAGCUGACCAUGGACAACCUGACGCGGCCUCAGCUGGUGGCACUGUGCAAGCUGCUGGAGCUCCAGUCCAUCGGCACCAACAGCUUCCUGCGCUUCCAGCUCACCAUGAGGCUGCGGUCCAUAAAGGCUGAUGACAAGCUGAUCUCUGAGGAAGGGGUGGACAGCUUGAACGUCAAGGAGCUACAGGCAGCCUGCCGGGCACGGGGCAUGCGGGCCCUCGGCGUGACAGAAGACCGCUUGCGGGGCCAGCUGAAGCAGUGGCUGGACCUGCACCUGCACCAUGAAAUCCCCACGUCACUGCUCAUCCUGUCCCGGGCCAUGUACCUCCCCGACACCCUCUCCCCUGCCGACCAGCUCACGUCCACUCUGCAGACCCUCCCGGAGAUUGUGGCCAAGGAAGCACAGGUGAAAGUGGCUGAGGUGGAAGGCGAGCAGGUGGACAACAAGGCAAAGCUGGAGGCCACGCUGCAGGAGGAGGCUGCCAUUCAGCAGGAGCACCGAGAGAAGGAGCUGGAAAGAGCUGUGGAAACCGCGAAGGAUCUGGAGCCAGAGGUAGCUGAAGCUUCUGCCCCAGUGAAGCCAGUGGUGGAGGCACAGGCUGUGCCCGACAUCAUUCUGCCCUCAGAGAUCCUGAAGGACACCGCCCCUGUGCUGGAGGGCUUGAAGGAAGAGGAAAUAACCAAGGAGGAAAUUGACAUUCUCAGCGAUGCCUGCUCCAAACUGCAGGAGCAGAAGCAGUCCCUGAUAAAGGAGAAGGAAGAGUUGGAGCUGCUGAAGGUGGACGUCCAGGACUACAAUGAGGACUUGCAAGAGAUCAAGAAAGAACUUUCAAAGACUGGUGAUGAAAAAUAUGUGGAAGAGUCCAAAGCCAGCAAGAGACUAACGAAGCGGGUCCAGCAGAUGAUCGGGCAGAUAGACGGCCUGAUUACACAGCUGGAGGCCGGGCAUCAGGCUGGCAGGCUGGGCCCAGCCGAGGGCUCGCCUGCAGGGGAGGAUGUCAUUAGUGUCACUGAGCUUAUCAACACCAUGAAGCAAAUCAAGGACAUUCCAGAAAACAAGCUGGUGAGCCUGGCCUCAGCCCUGGAUGAAAAUAAGGACGGCAAGAUCAACAUCAAUGACCUCAUGAAGGUGAUUGACCUGGUGGACAAAGAAGACGUUCACAUCUCCACCAGUCAGGUGGCUGAGAUUGUGGCAACCCUGGAGAAAGAGGAGAAGGUGGGGGAGAAGGAGAAGGCCAAGGAGAAGGCUGAGAAGGAGGCCGCAGAGGUGAAGAAUUAGGACCGCCGGGCUCCCCGUGGGGCCUCCCGCGCGCGCCUGCCUCCGUCCCGCCACGCCAGCCCCGUGGAGUGGCCUGAGAGUGAUUGCUUUGAGGUGAUUCUUAGUGGCAGAGCUAAUAUUUUGUCUGGAAUAAAUCAGAAACUUCCAUAAUCAAGUAAUUUUUAAUUUUCAUCAUUCCACGAAGAUGUCAGUCUGAGCCUCCGGAAGCCUCCGGGGAGGUCUGGACUCGCCCUGCAGAGGUGGCGCAGCCACCCGUGGACCCCGGCCCCCGAGGGGGCUCGGGCCGGGCUGGGCAGAAAGACACCUGCGGGGUGUGUGCCCUGCGCCCCCUCCCCCGAAAGGACCCUGCGGACCUGGUGGACUCUCAGCCCCCGUGUGCUGCGCGUGGCUGUGCCUGCGUGUCCCCAGAGGCCGUGCGGGGACAGGAGCCGACGGACUGAGCACCCAGUGCUGACGAGGACGCGCCAGCCUGUGGCCGAGUGUAGAGCUGUCUGCUCCAGCUCCAGCUCCAGCUCCGUCAUCUCUGCAGCGGGAGGCGUGGCCUCCGGACUCACACCUCUCCCUGGCUGGCGCCAGCGUCUCCCGCGGAUCCCCUGCUCCCCCUGCUCACCGUCGCUUUCUUGAUUUGCCAUUGAUCUUCACCUGACUCUUGAGUGGAGUGAUGAGCACGGCGUUUUUACCUGAUGGUCUGUGCAUCUGGUGCAGUGCUGAGACACCGUGAAACCCUGGCAAAGUGCCAUCUGUGCUGGCGUUUGCACCGGGCCAGGAGGCCAGUGUGGGCACCCCAGGCUGCGGGAACCCCAAGCCGGCUCUGACUUCCAGCAGCACCAGGCACCUGCCCGCCCUCCCUC